AUGACGACUGCUCAUCGACCAACAUUCCACCCUGCCCGUGGAGGCACCGGUAGGACUGAAGGAGAUCUUUCUAAGUUGUCCCAACAGUACUCCUCCAAAGACAUGCCAUCGCAUACAAAGUUAAAAUAUCGACAGACAGGUCAGGGGACAGAAGAGGAGCUCAGGAGAAGGGAUUUGCGACGUGAACUUGAAGACAAGGAAAAGCUUGCAUCUCGUGAAAGGCGUAACCGUGAUUCCACUGCAUCAGGUUCAGGUAACAAGAGAGCGAGGCUUGAGGAGAUAUCACAUGGAGGGGUUGAUGCUGACGAACCACUUGAUGAGCCUGAUUCCUCCGAUGACGAUUCUGAUGAGGAUGACACAGCAGCAUUGAUGGCUGAACUUGAGCGAAUUAAGAAAGAACGGGCUAUGGAGAAGGCUGCGAAGGAGGAAGAGGAGAGAAAGCGGGAGGAAAAAAUUCGUAUGGAUAAUAUAUUGGCCGGAAAUCCUCUGUUAAACUUAUCGGAACCUGGAUCUUCAUCAUCAAAUGGGGGCGAAUUUAAAGUAAAGCGACGAUGGGACGAUGACGUAGUUUUUAAGAAUUGUGCCAAAGGUAUCGACGAAAGAAAGAAAGAGGCUUCGUUUAUUAAUGACGCAAUCCGUUCCGAAUUUCAUAGGAAGUUUAUGGAUAAAUAUAUCAAGUAG